GAGGGGAGCAUCAGUGGUGCACAGCAUCCGCCGUCGGACACAAACCGAGCGCCCUGCACGGCCGCCGACAUGAGGGGAUUUAUCGUAUUCAGCGCGCUGGCCGCCCUAGCCACGGCUCAGAGCGGCUACAGCUACGGCGCCCCGCCCACCACGGCCAAGCCCGGCUACGACUACCAGGAGCCGAGCGACCCGUUCGGCGCCGGCAACAACCCCGGCGGCGCUGUGGUCAAGCCGUCCGCUGAGGAGGACCACCACCACGGCUCGUCGGACCCGCUGCAGUGGCUGCGUGACGCCGUGCCCGGAGAGCCCGGAGUCGACUACCCGAUCUACGCCACCAUCCCGCCCACCGGCUUCACCUGCGACGGACGCAUUGCCGGUUACUACGCCGAUGUGGAGGCCGGCUGCCAGCCGUUCCACGUGUGCAGCCCCGUGCCCGGCGGCGAGGCCAUGAAGCUCUCCUUCCUCUGCCCCAACGGCACCAUCUUCAACCAGGAGGGCUUCGCGUGUCAGUGGUGGAACGAGGUAGACUGCGACAGUGCCGAGCAGUUCUACUCCAAGAACGAGGAGAUCGGCGUGGUGCCCGACUCGGCCGCCAGCAACAACGUCGGCAGCGUGGUGAACGGGCCGGCCAGCGAGCAGAACCAGUACCAGCCCCCGCAGACCACUCCGCGGCCCCAGUACCAGCCCCCGCAGACCACCCCGCGGCCCCAGUACCAGCCCCCGCAGACCUCGCGCCCCCGCCCGCAGCCGCAGCCCAGCCGCCCCCGUCCCCAGCCCGUGCGCCCGCAGCCGCAGCCCAGCCGCCCUCGUCCCCAGCCCGUGCGUCCCCAGCCGCAGCCCAGCCGCCCUCGUCCUCAGCCCGCGCGUCCGCAGCCGCAGCCCAGCCGCCCCCGUCCCCAGCCCGUGCGCCCGGUGCCCAACCAGUACAUCCCGCCGACAACCACCACGACCACGCUGCGCCCGCCGCCGGGUCUCUACAACCUGCCGCACAACUGA